CUUGUACCAUGUGACCUCUGUGAUCAUUCACAGAUUUCACACAUAGUAAGCAAUGAUGUCACAAGUGACAUCUUGCUUACUACUUUGCAUGUGAUCACUGAUUCGCCAAUCAGUGAUCACAUGAUCGGGACCUCGUACAGAGGUCCCGUCCGACGAUCGGACACAGCGGGCACCGGAUCGCGCACAGCUAGAAAAGGCGGGUGCCGUUUAUGGACGGCAACCCGACCCUGGACUGCCACCGCCCUGCCGUUUAUAAACAGCAGGCGGACGGCAAGAGGUUAAUUUUUUAAAUCACCUUUUCUGUCACUUUU